UGGAGCUCCCGUAGCUCAAUCCGCUGCUAUAGAGACGCAGCGCCCCGAACUGGGGCCGGGGUCCGCCUCCCGCUCCCCCAUGGUGGGCGCCGGCGUUAUGCGCUCGGUCAGCUACGUGCAGCGAGUGGUGCUGGACUUCGGCGGGAGCCUCUUCCCGCACGGCGUCUGCCUGGGCGAUGCCGACAACGACACGCUGAAUGAGCUGGUGGUGGGCGACACGAGCGGGAAGCUGUGCGUGUACAAGAGCCACGAGAGCAAGCCGUGGACGGUGCGCUCCUGCCAGGGAAUGCUCACCUGUGUUGGUGUUGGGGAUGUGUGCAAUAAAGGAAAGAAUUUGACCGUUGCAAUGAGCGCUGAAGGUUGGUUUCAUCUGUUCGACCUCACACCUCCACCCUCGAAGCACCUGGAUGCCUCCAGCCACCAUGAGUUCCCGCUGCCUGAUGACCCGAAGAUGGGAUUCAAGCAACACAUUCCUGCCAACACCAAAGUUAUGUUGAUCAGUGAUAUUGACGGAGAUGGGAAAAAUGAGUUGGUUGUGGGCUACACUGACCGUGUAGUGCGAGCCUUCCGCUGGGAGGACUUAUGUGAGAGUUCAGAGAAUAUUUCUGGGCAAUUGGUACUGCUCAAGAAAUGGCUUUUGGAGGGACAGGUAGACAGCCUGUCUGUGAAUCCAGGCUCUGAUGGUGCUCCUGAGAUGAUGGUGUCCCAGCCUGGCUGUGGCUAUGCAGUCCUGCUCUGUACUUGGAAAGCAGAUCAUCAGCAUCCAACAGAGGGGGAGGCAGACAGUGCUGCAGCUAGCAGGGAAGCUCCAAUCCGGGAUGUCAUUCUCCACCAGACAUCAGGUAGAAUUCAUAACAAGAAUGUUUCAACUCAUCUUGUUGGCAACAUUGGCAGAGGGGGCACCGAGCAGCAGAGGGGCUCCGGUCUGUUUGCACUCUGCACUUUGGACGGGACACUGAAGCUGAUGGAGCGGGCGGAUAAGCUGCUGUGGUCAGUGCAGGUCGACCACCAACUUUUUGCUCUAGAAAAACUGGAUGUCACUGGAAAUGGCCAUGAGGAGGUGAUUGCUUGUGCUUGGGAUGGCCAGACGUACAUCAUAGACCACAGCCGGACUGUCGCCAGGUUCCAGGUAGAUGAAAAUGUGAGCGCUUUCUGUGCAGGUCUAUAUGCCUGCAAGGGAGGCCGCAACAGCCCUUGUCUAGUAUAUGUCAGUUUCAACCAGAAGAUCUAUAUCUAUUGGGAUGUCCAGUUGGAGAGAAUGGAAUCCACCAAUCUGCUGAAGAUAUUAGAGAGCAAUUCUGAAUACAAAGAACUCCUGCAGCAGCUGGGCGUGGCUGAAGACGACGUUUCUGCUGUCAGAGAUCUGAUUCACAGCACCCUCUACCUACCAGAGCAUCAGUCAAAUGCCCAUUGUCAGCAAAGACUCCAGGCCAGAACGAACUCCUCCAAGUGAAACAUGAUGCUGCGCUGCUGCUCCUUUCCAUGCUUGCCACAUCUGCGUAUGUCCAUUGUUCCCAUUGGGUGUUUUUGAAAAUCUGGCUGAACGGCAUGAUGAACCAGGGCACGGAAGCCUGAACGGCAUGAUGAACCAGGGCACCGAAGCCUGGUAUCAAGGAGUGGAGCCACUGGCAUUGAUGCCAGAAGGAUAGGAAAUGCCUCUUGCUGCCUUCACAUGGUUGUCACUGAUCAGACACUUAGCCUUUUGCCCAAAACUUUGAUUUUGUAAAAUAUGGAAAAAUACAAGAAGGUAGAGUUGAUGCACAAAACUAGUUAUAUGUCCAGAAAUGCUAACUUGAAAUGGGACAGACCAGCAGACAGUAGCGAUGGCAGUAAAUGGGAUGUUGUUGAGAUGUUGUUCUGUGUGUUAUUUUCAAAUUGAAGUUCAUAUUCCAAGAACUUAAAAUUUGAAAAAUAAUAAAGUUUGAAAGGAUGGGGAGGGUCUUAGAGACUCCAACUAAAUAUAAUCUUGCUUUAAAAAUAACUUGUUGUUUCAAAUGGGAUAUUGGUGAUGUGUUAACAAGCAUAGGUAACUUGUCAUUAAAACUGGCUUCCGUGCAGGAGGACUAGAAAGUAGCAGGUGUCAUCCCAUUUGUUCAGAAAGGAUUCAGAGGGGAUCUGGAGAAUUUCUUUCCGCCCCACCCCUUUGGCCUGUGUGCACCUGCGCAGAGCCGUCUGUCAUACUGUCCUGGCUUUGGGGCAGACUCCCGUGAUCUGGCCCUACCUCCAGGUUUAUGAGAGUGGACACAGAGAGGGAAGAGAGCACAGGGGGCCUAAAGGGGGGAUUCGGUUCAAGGAGGAGAGGUCCAUCAGUGGUUGCUAGCCAUGGUCGGUUAAGGCGCCUCCAUAUACAGAGGCAAGCAAACCUCUGAAUCGCAUGCUGGGAGGCAGCAGCAGGAAGAGGCCUCGACUUCUGUGCCCUGUUCGUUGGCCCUCCAGAGUGACCAGUUGGUCUCUGUGUGAGAUGGGAUGUUGGACCAAAUGGACCACUGGUCUGACGCAACAGGGACGUUCUUCUGUUGUGACACCCAGUGUGGUGUAGUGGUUAGAGUGUCGAACUAGGAUCAGGGUGACCCAGGUUCGAAUCCCCGCUGUGCCGUGGGUCACCUUGAGCUAGUCACACCCCCUCAGCCUGAUCUACCUCAAAGGGUUGUUGUGAGGAUAAAAUGGAGGAGAGGAGAAUUAUGUAAGCUACCUUGGGUUCCCAUUGGGGAGAAAUGUGGGUUAUAAAUGAAAAUAAAUGUUC